ACACCGGGAGUUUUUGUGCACUUGAAAGUCCCUCAAGUUUUUAAAGCACAUGUGGAAUGAGAAUAUUUGCUAUUUGUGGGCAUUUAGAGCGCUGAAAAUUUCUAAUUAAUUUUUAGAGCUCUUUUAAUUAAAACAAUUUUUUUUUGUUUUAAAACAACCCCUUGAAUGGAUUUCUGGUUACACCCGAGAACAAGAUUAGGUUCAUUGAGGACAGAGAUAGAAAAUGAAAAUAUUUGUAGCACAUGGUGUCACUGAAAUGUAAUUGUUGCAUCUCAAAUUGACUCAAAAAUGUAAAUUAUUAUCAUUAAUUAUGUUGAUCUUUCAGAUCUUACGCGAUUCGUGUUAUCACGCUUGAUAUUUUCCUGUAUGAAUGAUAAGAUGACUUUGAGAUGAUGCCGUCAUAAAUCACAUCUUUGCUCACACAUUUCAUUUUUGAGAAAGAUUCUAAAUUUCUCACUGAGAAUGGCACAAAGGCAGUCAGUUGCAAUUGAAGAUUCUUACAAAUUGGAUGUGAUUUUUCUCAAAUAAUUUUCAAAGAUGAGUGAAGAAGGGAAAAAAUCAUGGAUGAGAAAAAAUUUAAUGUUGAUCGUAACAAUGAUUGGUGUAGUGGCUGGAGUUGGUUUGGGAUUCUCCCUAAAAGCUGCUCAUGUUAGUCCCGAUUACAGUGAAAUUAUUUCCUAUCCCGGGGAGCUCUUCAUGCGCUUCCUUAAAAUGGUCAUCCUACCACUCCUCAUCUCUUGUUUGGUGUACGGAACAGCAAGUCUCAAUGUUGGUGCAAAUGGGAAGAUUGCAUUGAGAACAUUGAUCUACUUUGCAAGUAGUUCCUUUAUCGCGGUAUCCAUUGGUAUUUGCCUUGUUGUUCUCAUAAGCCCCGGAGUAGAUAGUGAGGCAAAGAAACUCAUGAGUGAUGCCAGAGAAGCUGGUGGGAAGACAGAAAUUAAACUUUUGGACACUUUUCUCGAUCUCGGACGGAAUCUCCUUCCGGACAAUUUAUUUCGUGCAACAUUCCAACAAACCUACACCACAUAUGCGCCAGAGAAAGCUCUUAGGUACCGUGAUGGUACCAACAGCAUGGGAAUUGUUUUCUUUUGCCUCAUACUUGGUGGAAUAUUGGGAACAUUGGGGGAACGAGGAAAGGCCGCAAUUGCCUUCUUUCAAGGCGUCCUCGAGGCAUCACUCAAGAUUGUCCGGGGUGGAAUGUGGAUGGCACCCAUUGGGGUUUGCAGUAUAAUUGCAGGAAAAAUUCUCGAAGUACAAAAUUUGAGUGUAGUGAUGGCUCAGCUGGGGAAGUUCAUUCUCACAGUUUGCAUCGGACAGGGACUCUAUCAGUGGAUUGUUAUGCCUGGAUAUUACUACGUCUUUACAAGGAAAAAUCCAUAUAAAUUCUAUGUGAAACUCUUCGAUCCCAUGAUCGCGGGAUUCGCCACGUGUUCCUCAAUUGCCACACUUCCGAUAACACUGAGAACACUAAAUGAUCGUGUUAAGAUCAAUCCACGAAUCACGAGGUUUGUCCUUCCUUUGGGAUGCUCAAUGAAUACGGAUGGAGCUGCAAUGUUUAUGGUGACAUCUUCAGCUUUUUUGGCCCAAAUGCAGGGUAUUGAGCUGAAAUUGGGAGAACUGAUUACCCUUCUGAUUAUCACAACGAUCCUCUCAAUGGCCAUUGGGAGUGUUCCCAGUGGUGCUGUAGUUCUAAUUAUGAUCAUCCUCUCUACGAUCGAUGUUCCAGCUGAUCAGAUGACGCUCCUUUUCACCGUAGAUUGGUUCUUAGAUCGAAUUCGUACAACAAACAACAUUCUCAGCGAUUGCUAUGCGGCUGCAAUUGUUGAGCAUCUAUCGAAAAAGGAAUUGAGGGAACAAGAACAUUCAGAGGAUGAAGUGAUGAGUCUUCAAACGGUGACAGUGGAAAAGACACCAAAUAAUUAAUUUCUUCUUCAUUUUUUAUUCAAUUUCAACUACAAUUCUCGGGAUUUCUUCACAAAAUAUUCAUUGUUUUGCAUUUCUUUUAGCUCAAUCUUCACUGUAAAAUAUUUUGAUGAUUUUUUUUUGUGAGGUCACAGAGAUAGCCCAACUACUGGCCGUGAUUUCAAAAUGUUAAGAAAAUUGCCGAUUUUUUUUUCAUACGUAAAAUAAGACUUUAUCUCUGUUUCCAUUCUACUGCCAAAUCCCGGUGAUCAAUAUUGAAAUUAUCCAAGAGUUAAUACCUUUUCAUUUCUUUUUACACAAAAUGAAUGCAUUGCUACGAGAAUUGAAAACCACUAACUUGGUUGUAUUAACAACAUGCAUUUAGUUGUCUUGAGAGAGAUAACAUUUACACACGGAGACCAAUUAUUAUGGCGUUUUAAAUACGCUUUACACAGUCUUAUUUCAGUUCUAUAACUUCAUAAAAGAUUUCCUUUUUACAAGAAUUUUCUUCAUUUUCUUCUUAAACAUUUAAUACUCACAGGUUUUACCGGAAAAAACGUGAAGAUUUCUCAUCUCCUUUUACUUUCUCAGAGAGACUUAACUGUAUUAUGUACAUGAAAUACACAAAAAGAAAAAAAAAUUGAUUGAAUCCUAUUUUGUUGGGCUAAAUUAACUUAUAUUUAUCAUCUACAUAUUAAAGGCACAUUGUUAUUUACAAAACUAAUUUUAUAUAAAAGACUUUAUGACAAAAUUUUUUAGUACUUUGUUUUAUCUAG